AUGGAUGUUCGUUCCAAGACUGGUGACGUUACUGCUAGUGUCUUGCAUGACCGCGGGAAGCCGCCUGACCCGCUGAACAGUUCUGCUAAUAAACCAACCGACCUAGAUGGAUCUGAUUACUUGAAUGAAACGAUGGGUGAGGAGAUACCUACACCGGGUACAGCACCAAUUCGUGGGAUUGGGUUACGAGUUACUAACAUUGAAGGCAACCCUCUACUUCCGAGAAGAGGUAUGUUUUCUACGUCGAAUGUAUCGGUUUUGGAUGGGUUGAUGAAUAUCUCUAAACCUGUGGAAAACUUGUUUGCUGCUGGAGCAUCUUUGUCGUCGACUAGCAAGGAUGAUAAGGCUGGUCAGUGCCAUGAGAUGCCUUCGUUUGCUAAUGUGGUCCAAGGGAAUAAGGCGGAUGUUAAAGUGAAUUUUCGUUCCUUAGAGACGAGUGAGAAACAGGAUGGGUGUGAUGUGGUCCUUUCUAGGGAAUCGGUCAAAGUUGUGCAUGAUAAGCUUGCUAACACGCUAUAUGGGUAUUUCUUGGGGGACCGGGUUGCUUUUCCUGUGGUGGACUAUUUUGUUAGAAAUAAUUGGAAGCGGUAUGGAUUGCAAAAGUCAAUGAUGAAUGCCAACGGCUUUUUCUUCUUCAAAUUUGCUGAUCAAGCAGGUAUGCAAAAGGUUCUUACUGAGGGGCCAUGGAUUAUUCGUUCACAGCCGUUAUUUUUAGAAGUGUGGUCGCCAUCGUUAAAGCUUGAGAAAAAAGAAGUGAAAACGGUUCAGGUUUGGGUAAAAUUCCAUGAGGUUCCUCUAGCGGCAUAUACGGAGGAUGGUUUAAGUCUAAUUGCUACAACUAUUGGUGUGCCAAAGGCUUUGGAUUCGUUCACCACGUCUAUGUGCGUUGAUGGUUGGGGGAGAAGCAGCUAUGCUCGGGCCCUGGUAGAAAUUUCAGCAGAUUCUGAACUGAAAGAAGAGUUAACGAUUGCGGUUCCUUGUCUUGAUGGGGAUGGGUUUGUAAAGGAGAAGGUCUACGUUGAAUAUGAGUGGUGUCCUCAUAGGUGUGGCCGAUGCUGUGUUUUCGGGCACACCCAUGAAAAUUGUCCUCUGCAGGCUCCUAGAGUGUCAAAAGAUAAAAAACAACAACAUAAGGGUCCGGGUUAUGAUAGAAAGAUGAAGCAGCCGGUUCAGGAUCCUGGUCCGUCAAAGAGACAAUCUACUGUGGAUGACGAUGGGUAUACUACUGUGCUAGGGAAGAAGGCAGCGAAAAAAGUGGGUUUUAAUGUCAAUAAGCCGAAGCCAAAAUUUGAAUAUCGCCCAGUUUCUACUAAUCGGAAAGAUAACGGGAAGUCUAAAUCGGAAUCAACCAAUGUGGUGUCUCGAAAUCCUUUUGAUGUUUUGAAUGAAGUGAAUGAGGAGCAAGGCCAAAGUAGUAAAUCGGCUGGAGAUGGUAAUGAUCCGAGUGCUAAUGAGGAGCCGGAUGGGGGUAGGCCAGAUCCGGCCCAAGUAAAUCUGGAUGACGAUGAGCUUGUUGAUGAUUUUUACGAAGCGGAUGGCUAUGAAAUGGAUGGUUUUUUGAGGCAAGGUACUAUUAACACUAAAAAAGGGGCAAGCACUCCUUCUUCAUCGGUCCUCAAUGAAUCUCAUGUGGAGGUGAGUAAUCUGCCUAAAGUGUGUAAGGCUGUUUUUCGGUGGUGGAACUGGACGUCGAAUGGGGGCCAUUGUGUGAAGGGUACGCGUAUUAUUGUUGGUUGGAAUCCGGCUAUUCUUGAUGUUAUGGUGCUUUCGGAGACUGAUCAGGUUAUGCAUCUCCAAAUAAUUCUAAAACAGUCUAAGAAAAUGUUUUUUUGUUCGGUAAUUUAUGCAGCAAACUACUAUAUUAGUCGGAGGGAUUUGUGGAAACAACUUUCUUUGCAUAAGAAUUUUGUUUGUAAUGAACCUUGGGUCAUUCUAGGUGAUUUUAAUUCGGCGUUGAAUCUUGAGGAUAAAUCUAUGGGUUGUUCCUCGGUGUCCCUGAGCAUGAAAGAGUUUCAAGAGUGUGUGGAUGAAAUUGAGAUGGUUGAUAUAAAACGCACUGGUAUCCAUUUCACGUGGAAUCAGAAACCAAAGAAAGGGAUUGGGCUAAUGAAAAAGAUAGACAGAGUUAUGGGAAAUUCUCAUUUUAUAGAUAAGUUUCCGAGUGCUUUUGCUGAUUUUCAUCCUUCUCGGUUAUCGGAUCAUUGCUCGUGUGUGGUUAGCGUCCCGGAUAUGGAAAAUAGAAAACACCGGCCUUUUAAAUUUGCUAAUUUUCUGGCAUAUAAACCUGAUUUUUUGCCGAUUGUGGAGAAGGGGUGGGGUAUGUCCAUUGAUGGAGUGUAUCAAUUUUCGGUUGUUAAAAAACUUCGUCUGUUGAAAUCUCCGUUACGUGCGUUGCUUUAUCACCAAGGUAACUUGCAUAAAAAAGUUGAAGAGCUUAGAGUUAAGCUUGACCGUAUUCAGCGUGAUAUGGAUAACGAUCCGUCUAGUCUUAUGCUGCGAGAGGAGGAAGCUAUUACUAGAAGUGAUUUUCAAACCGCGUUGUUAGACGAAGAGAGGUUUUUGAAGCAAAAAUCUAAAGUGGACUGGUUAGCGGCCGGGGAUAUGAAUACGGCCUUCUUCCACUCGACACUCAAGAACAGAGUUCACUAUAGCCGUAUUGAGGUGAUUCGUGAUGUUCGAGGGAAUGUUUAUACGGAUGAGAUGGUUUCGGGAGCUUUUGUUGAUCACUAUGAGCACUUUUUGGGCUGCCCGGGUAAUCCGACUUUUAGUCCGACUCCUGAUUUGUUUUCUAAAAAGUUAGAGAGGGAUGUUGCUCGCCAUAUGGUCCGUCCGGUUACUCCUGAUGAGGUUAAAAGGGCAAUGUUCUCCAUGGGUUCGGAUAAAGCCCCUGGUCCUGACGGGUUUACAGCGGGUUUUUUUAAGAAUGCAUGGCCUAUUGUUGGUGAUGAGGUAUCAAAAGCUGUUAUAGAUUUCUUUGCUACAGGGAAACUUUUAAGGGAAUUAAACCACACGCUUAUUGUUCUUAUUCCCAAGACAUCCUCGCCAUCUGUGGUUACGGACUACCGUCCGAUUGCUUGCUGUAAUGUGCUUUACAAGUGUAUUAGCAAGAUUGUUGCUGACAGGAUCAAAGGAGUGCUUAAUGACAUUGUGAGUGUCAACCAGUCGGCUUUCGUUCCAGGUAGAAAAAUUUCCGAUAAUAUUCUGUUAACUCAAGAGUUGAUGCAUAAUUAUCAUAGAAACAUCGGCCCCCCUAAAUGUGCGUUUAAAGUGGACAUCCAGAAAGCUUACGAUACUGUUGACUGGGCGUUUCUAAAGAACAUUUUGGGUAAGAGGGGGUUGCGUCAGGGAGAUCCUAUCUCUCCGUAUCUUUUUACCCUUGUGAUGGAGAUCCUCACAGCUAUUCUUCAGCAGACGGUAAGGAUAGACUCUUCGUUUAAGUUCCAUAACAGGUGCGAACGUCAGCAGAUUAUAAACCUGUGUUUUGCGGAUGACUUAUUUAUUUUCGCUAGGGGCGAGAUAGCGUCGGCUAGAUGUAUAAUGAAAGCGCUCAAUUCUUUUUCUAAGAUGUCGGGUUUGGCGCCUAAUGUCCAGAAAAGUACAGUUUUUUUCUCUAAUGUUCCAUCGUUUGUUAAAACUGCUAUUCUGAAUAUAAUGCCAUUUAUUGAGGGGUCGUUGCCAGUGAGAUACUUGGGAGUUCCUCUUAUAUCGUCUAAGUUAUUGUACAAAGACUGCCAAGUGUUGGUGGAGAAGCUUGAAAAACGUAUUAUGCAUUGGAGGAAUAAAUUACUUUCGUUUGCAGGUAGACUGCAACUUAUUACUUCGGUAUUGUCUUCUCUGCAUGUUUACUGGUCUUCAGUGUUUAUCCUGCCUGCUCGAGUCGUCUCUAGCCUGGAAGCUUUGAUGCGUAAUUUUCUUUGGUCUCAUGAUAGUUCGUUCCAGAGGGGCAGGGCAAAGGUUUCUUGGAAUACUGUUUGUGUUCCUAAAUAUGAGGGUGGGUUGGGGAUUCGUCGUAUUGGUGAUGUUAAUAAGGCCCUUAUCUCUGCGCACAUAUGGAGCAUUUUAUCUAAACGUGAAUCGUUAUGGGUUGAUUGGGUUCAUUCGUACAGGUUACGAGGUAAAAGUUUCUGGGCUUGUAAUACCCCUUCUUCUUGUUGCUGGUCGUGGAGGAAAAUUAUUCAGCUUCGGCCGGAGAUGAGGAGUUUUGUUUGGGCUGAGAUUGGGAAUGGUUUAUCGACUUCAGCUUGGUUCGACUCGUGGAGCAAUAUAGGUCCGUUGUUUCAAUUUUUUACUCCGAGACAAAUUGCAAAUGCAGGUUUCAGUUUGGAUGCCAAGGUGGCUGAUUUAUGGUUAAAUUCUUCGUGGGAUUGGCCGAUUGAAUGGAGACAUCGUCUCCCGGCUCUUAAUCAGAUUGACACUCGAUCUAUUCAGCCGGCUAAGGAAGACAAGUUUUUGUGGCGUCAAGGGGAUCACCUUCAUGAGUUUUCAACGGCUCGGGCUUGGGAUUCCUUUAGACAUCGAGAGGUGGAGGUAGAGUGGUGCCGUAUUGUUUGGUUCAGUCAAUGCAUCCCUCGCCAUGCGUUCUUAAUGUGGCUUAUUAUGAGACGUAAGUUACUCACUCAAGAUAAGAUUUUAAGCUGGGAUAUCUCGCGGAGAAAAAACAUGAACAUGAUGUGCUGUUUGCUUUGUUACGCAAAUCAUGAUUCACAUAACCACCUGUUCUUCGAGUGUAAAUUCUCGGAUCAGGUUUGGCACAAAGUCAGACAUAAAGCGGGUAUGGAGUUGGUUGCUUCUAAGUGGGAUGACAUUGUUAAUUGGCUUGUAACUCGGUCCAGGUCGAAAUCAGCUGGAAGCUAUGUUGCGAAAUUAUUGGUAGCCGCCACUGCGUAUCUCAUUUGGCAGGAACGUAAUGCGAGAUUAUUCAAGAAUGAGUUGAGACCACCAGAAGCUAUUAUUGAUCUUAUUUUCCAACAGGUCCGAUAUAAAUUGAUGGGAGCGAAGCUAAAGAAUUGUGAAAAUGUCCGAAGGCUUCUUGGCGAAUGGGGAAUCAUUGGAGCUAAACUUCAUGAAGAUGGUGGCUGA